AUGAAGGACAAGUCAAUGGUGCACCCUGUGCAAAAGUUUCCUUCCUCUCUUAUAGAGGAGGUUAUUGCUGUGUGCAAGCAUCUCAAGAACCAAAAAAACAUUACACCAAAAACUUUUAUGCAUUGCUAUUUCCUAGCUGACAACAUGGACCUCGCGUACAGGCGAAGAAAAUGGGGAACUAGUGAAGGAUGGCCAUCAUCUCUGGAAGUUCUAUUGAGUAUCAGAAAAUUGGCUAAACGAAUUGUUCAAUCUCAGGAUCCUCCAAAAGGGAUGGCUCCGCAGGGUUCAUAUUAUAGCUCGGGUGACAUCAAAGUAGAUUUCUUUGAAGAAGAGAAGAAUCACACUUGGGAAAAAGACCUUCAAACUUCGAUGCCUUUUCUAUACAAGUUGAUCAAUGCAAAGAUCUUAUCAAGCAUACAACCAUCUGACAAUGAAGAAGUUGACACGGACCAGGGCUCCGACAAGGAAUCAGCAAAAAAAGACGAUGGAGAAUUGGGGGACGAAGUCGGGGAUGAGCUAGAAAAUGUAGAAUUUGCCAAGCCAAAAACUCACCAAAAUUUAAAAACGUUACAAGCUCAGGCAGUAAGUUCACCUUGA